AUGACAUUUUUAAUUUUUGCCAUCUUUGAGGUCACAAAAGAACACAACGAAGAAGCAAGGCGAUUGCUUACUCUAAUGGGAGUGCCAGUGGUGAAUGCUCCAUGUGAAGCGGAAGCACAGUGUGCCGCGCUUGCAAAAGCCGGGAAAGUAUUUGCUACGGUUUCCGAGGAUAUGGAUGCUUUGACAUUCGGUUCCCCCAUACUUUUACGUCAAAUGGUUGCUAGGUAA